AUGUCGACGACCCGCAAGACCUCGACGAUUCUCCUUCUCGCCCGCAAAGGCGGCGUCCUGGACGAGGCUAAAUCUCAGCUCCUGCAGGGGAGCGCUGAUGCGACAGAUUCUUCCACCACCUCCUCUUCCUCAUCCCGCCCUGGUCUACGUGUCUAUACGGGAACCACCGUCGAUGACCUGCGAAGCGCCUUCGACCAAGCCUCCAAAGAAGGCCGCACGAUUCAGCAUGUUUUCGUCGGCGCAGGCUUGGAGCUUGAGCACCGUCUGGAUAUUGUCAAGGAGGCCGUCACGCUCAGCAAGGACACUUGUGUGCAUUUGAAGGACGCAACAUCGGGGCCUACGGGGUUUCUUCCCUUCAUCAAGGCUGUACAGGGUAGUAAGCUCGAGGAAUCGUGA